AGCUCUUAAAAGUUUUUGAUGGGCUUUUCUAAAAUUCAAGAAAUUAAAAUCUCGGCCUGAGUCACAGAAAAAUGUAGAAGAAGAUGAUUCUAAGUUUUGUUGCAGUGAAGACGCAUUAAGCCCUAAUUCUUUCUCUUCCAAUUGAAGUCGCCGAUCCUCUUGCUCUGGAGUAAUGGGUCGGAAAGCUGGUACACUGUACAUUAAUCCAAAGAAAUUUGGAUCUCUCUCAAAACCUUGUAUGAAGGAAAUGAUAUCAUUUCUCAAUUGCUUGUCUCUUAACCAUGUAAAUGAUGAGAAGUGUGUUCGACAGAAGGAGCAAUUGAGUGCUUGUAUGGAAGCUCAGACUAGCAAUAAAAGAAAGUCUUUGGGAAGCAUUAAUUAUCACCUGCAGAGGCUUAACCGAGGAAGAAAGUAAUUUUAGCUUGCACAUUGUUCUUCAGAUUUAUCAUUUUGUUCUCAUUUUGCAAGGAAGAAAAUCUGGUAUCCAAUGGUUGCCUAUCCUUUUGUUUAUGCAUUUCUCUGUAUUGCUGAUAUAAAGUUUUGAACAGUUUUAAUGUACUUUAAUUUUGUACUCGGCAUCUAUAGAAACCUUACAAUAAUGCUUAAUCAAGGGUAUUGUCUAUUUAAGGAUAUUGCGGAGAGCCAGGAGUUGGGCCAUUUGUGGAGAAUCAAGGUUUAGGCCAUUUCUGUGAUGUGUGAGGCAAGGGUUUGAUAUGUUGCUUUACCUAUACAAUUUUUAGUUUUUAGGCAAAGCCACUUAAGAUCUUCGUUGUAUAUCCAGCAAGCAUUAGUUCUGAUCAAUGUUUUAUGAAAUGUUAAAUAGUGGAUAAGUUUGAGAAUAUUGUAAUGGACUACAUUGCCAAUUUGCCCCCUUGAA